AUGGUGCUGGAACCGGGCACGGUCCAUGAGAAGACGGUUGCGGAUAUUCGCCGAUGCAUUGUAAAGACCAUCAGCAUCCAAACUGCUAUCGUUGUCGGCGUCGGGGUUGGCAUCUUCGUCCUGCCGUUCACCGUACUGAGGAGAAAUACAGAGGCAGAUUUUGACAAUCUAGGCUGGAAGUUGGAAGUGGACUUAACAACCGACGAUUCCACACCGAUCAGUCUGUACGCUAUCAGCGUUAUCCUCAUCUUGACUUCCGUCGUCGGCAUCUUGAGCGCUAUCCGUGCCCACACCAUCGCACCGACGGACAUCGUCUUCCCGACACGGGCGGACCCGACCGAAGCGCUCUCUGUCGUGGAAAUGAUGGCAGCCCAACGGUACCCCAUGGUGUACGCCUUCCCCAGUACAACUACGCACUGUUGGGGGUGCUGGCCGCGGCGUGAGCACCGUUCCGGGCGAUAUUCAGCGCGGCCAUGGAGCCAAAAUCCUGUGGCCAUUAAUUGCUUUCGGAGCCGGCUUCUUCCUGCUAGUGGCUUUUGUUAUCGAUAGUUUUGUCGCGGCGGAUCGUUACGCUGCGGAACUGCAGUCACGACGGGAAUGGCUCGAGGAUGAAGAACUGCGACGCUCCUGGCAAUGAGAACGGGACGCCAGUGUCG